GAGGUUGUACCAAAUUAGAAAUUUUUUUAUGUUUUGAAAAAGUAGCAUUAAUUUUAUCUUAAACUACAAAAUGGAUUUCAGUUUUGGAAUAUGUCGGCCCAAAAUGGAGAACUUUUGUAGCAAAUAUGUCCAUAGCUAUAUUUUUCACAUUCGCCGCAGCCGUCUUGCCAUGGAUUGCUUGGUUUUUGGAAGAUUGGAGAAUGUUUACCGUAGUAACUUCCGUCCCGUUGGCAUUGGCCGUUUUAACUCCAUGGGUUGUUCCAGAAUCUGCAAGAUGGCUAGCAUCACAAGGAAAAGUAGACAAAGCUAUCGAAAUUUUAAAGAAGUUUGAGAGAAUUAAUGGAACAAAAGUGGACGAUAAAAUAUAUACACAGUUUUCGGCUCCAUCGAACGUUCCAGAACUCUUCUCGUGUUACUGACGUUUAUUGCUCAUCAAUGACUCAAGGCCCGUCUGGAGCUCGACAACAAAUAUUAUAUGCUACUAGCAAGUAAUUUUUGAGG